AUGUCGCAAAAUUCGAAGAAAACGUUACCUCAAUCUUGGAUUUCAGGCGACAAAAGCCCAUCCGAUUCGGAAUCUUCGAAAUCUACUUCGGAUUUUAGUCAUGCUCAAUCUGCGAAAGGGAAAAGCAAGACUAGUGAUGUCAACAACAACAAGAGUAAAGGUAGGAAAGAAGAUAAAAGUGGGGAUUCUACAUCAACCGAAGGUCGUAAUUCACCAUCAUCUACAGCUCCUGGGACUGACAAGUCGAAUUCUGAUGGGAAAAUGAAGAGUACGGUGCAGAAACGGCAGCAAAGUAGGGGGUUUGGAUUUUGGUUUUUGAAAUUUAAAUGUUUUUAAAAAUUUUUUUUGAAAUUAGACUUUUUUGAACUAUUGAACUUUUCAGUCCUAACCAAUCUGAAGAAUAACCUCAACGUGGACUGCCCAGACUUGGCGGAGAUUGAAGAACUUUUCCAAGAUACGUCGAAGGUAGAAACCGACCUGUCGAUAGUGACUGAUCAUUCCGAUUCAGACGCUUACAAUGGAACACCGCCAUCGCCUAACGAAAAGAACGACACUGAAAAGAUUCCAGUACGAGCUUGUUUUCGUGAGGAUUAUGAAGGGAGCAAGGUUGAGGAUGUAAGUUGAGGGUGGUUUAUAUUAUCAAGGUUGAGGAUGUAGGUAGAGGGGCAAUUUAUAUUGUGGUAGAGGAUGGUUUAUAUUAUAGUAGGGGUGAUUUUGAAAAAGUGUUAAAAUUGAGGGAACUGUGUUUGGAGAGUUGUUUUGUGCCGGCUGGAUGAUUAAGGGUUUUAAAAUUUUAAAUUACGUAGAUGGUCUUUUAGGCCAUAUUACCUGACAACGCUAGCUACAAAGAGCUUUACUUCACGUCAAGUCAAACCUGCUAUCCAGUAAAGGGCGAACGUCAGAGAUCUCACAAUAAAGUCAUCAGGUAAGUAACUUGACUUCAAACUUUUUAAAAAAUAGGUAAAAUACGGAUAUUACGAAAAUUGUAAAAUCUUUUGCUAUAGUUAAUGUAAUUUAGAGCAAGAUCAGACCCAUGGCGGCGGUACGGUGUAAUGCUUCAGAUCUACAAGAAUGGUGGAUAUGUGCAGACAAAUUACAAGAAAGGAGCGAAUCGACAAACAAAAUUCAUAAAACCGGGCACUAAACCACCACCAGCUCCGAGUAAGAUCUACUAUAAUAUACCUUGGCCAAAUUUUUUUUCAUAGCCUAGGAUUUAACUGAUAUGGUAUAGGUAUUGGGCUUAUAUACGGUAUUAGUAUCUUGCUUAUAGAAUAGAUUUUGGGCUUAAAUUGUUACCUAAAUUUUGUUUUUUGUUGAUACUGGCUUUGAAAUGCCAAAAUAAAUUUUGAACGAAAUGUCAAAAUCAAUUUUUGUAAAAUUGACAUUUUGUUCAGGAGGCGCAUUUUUAGUAAAUCGCCUUAAUCUGGCGCUUAUUUUCAGAAGAUUCACCGAUUAUGACCCUAGACCAACUGUUAGCACGACCAGUCGUAGAGCCAGCCUCAUCGAAGCCCACGAAAGCAGCUCCAAACCCACUAGAAGACACGUCGCCAGAUGCUCUAUCAGACGACCAAGCAAUCAACAAUUUAGGGAAGAAGGAAAAGAAAGGUCAGAAGAAGGAAACAAAGAAAUAA